AUGGCUAAACCGCAGAGUACUUCUGGAUCUUAUACAACCGCAUUCGCUUUGUUCGAAGCGCUUUGGGAAGCUGGCAUAACAGCAUGCUUUGUCAAUGUCGGAUCAGAUCAUCCAUCCAUCAUUGAGGCUAUUGUCAAAGGCAAAAGAGAGCGACCUGACUCUUGGCCUAGAAUGAUUACGUGCCCUUCUGAGGUCACCGCGAUUUCGAUGGCUGAUGGGUAUGCUCGAGUGACAGGGCGUCCGCAGGCCGUUCUCGUCCAUGUCGAUGUCGGAACGCAGGCCCUUGGUCAAGGUAUCCAUAAUGCUAGCAUCGGCCGAGCCCCGGUCUUCAUCUUCGCUGGUCUGUGCCCGUACACCGAAUCCGGGGAACUUCCUGGCUCCCGAACGGAGUAUAUGCACUGGCUGCAAGAAGCUCCGGACCAAAAAGCUAUCGUACGGCAGUAUUGUAGGUACACAGGCGAAGUUCGUACCGGAUUAAAUAUUAAGCAGACUAUCGGACGCGCGCUUCAAUUUGCGAGUAGCACACCCAAGGGCCCAGUUUAUGUCGCCAGCGCAAGGGAGGUCUUAGCUCAAGAAAUCCCACCAUCGUCAUUAGAUCAAGCGCAGUGGGUACCGAUCGGUCCAAGCGCGCUUCCAACCGAUGCUAUCCAUGACAUCUCUACGGCCCUCGUCCAAGCCGAGCGCCCGCUCAUUAUCACGGGAUACUCCGGCCGUGAUCGCCGGACGCCGGAGCUUCUCGUCGCUUUGGCAGACCUCAUCCCCGGUAUACGCGUCCACGAUACGGGUGGUAGCGACGUGUGCUUUCCUUUCAAUCAUGCCGCUUCCGAAGGUUUCCGUCUUAGUUCUGACGACUGUAGUAAAGAUGCAGACGUGGUCUUCCUACUUGACUGCGACGUCCCCUGGAUCCCGUCCCGUAACCCACCCCCGAAGGACGCUAAGAUAUACCACGUAGACAGCGACCCGCUAAACCAACAGAUUCCCGUUUCUUUCUUCCCUGCACACGGACGCUGGAAAGCAGAUAGCUUCACUGUACUGAAACAACUGGUCGACCAUAUCAAGAAUGAUUCUUCACUUACAGCAACACUACGAGACCCUAAGUAUGCAGCUCGUGGCGAGGCUCGCAUAGAAGCUCAUAAGGCUCGUCUAGCGAGUAUCGCUUCUCAACCGCGCUUAGGCGAUCAAGAAACAUUGAAUGGCCACAACAUCGGUAGUCUCCUGAAAUCAUCCCUUCCAGACUCUACGACCUAUGUUGUUGAAGCAGUUACGGCUGGACAGUUACUAUAUGAUCAAGUACAGCCUAGCCGACCGGGAAGCUGGAUUAAUUGCGGCGGAACGGGUAUCGGCUGGAGCAACGGUGCAGCGCUAGGUGUUAAGAUGGCUCUCGCAGACCUAGAGAAGGAGGGAGCCGAGAAGCCAAGUCUUGUAUGCCAAUUAGUCGGCGAUGGAAGUUUUAUGUGCGCGGCGCCAUCUACUGCGCUGUGGGUAGGGAGCAAGUACAAGAUCCCGAUUCUAACAAUCGUCUUAAAUAACGGAGGUUGGAAAGCUCCCCGUAACUCUACGGAACUUGUCUAUCCUAACGGCCUUAACGCCUCUGCAACAGACGAGGAAGUCAACGUUUCUUUCCGUCCGACACCUAAUUAUGCUGCUCUAGCAGAAGCAGCAGCAGGGUCGGAAGUCGGCUGGGAUAAUGCGGCGGAAAAUGCGGACACGUGGAUGAGGGGUUUGAGAGUUAAAACGGUAGGCGAGCUUAAGGAGGCACUUAGAAAUGCGAGCUUGCGGGUAGCUAAAGAGGGGAAGGGAAUGCUCAUUGAGGUAUUAAUGUAG